AACAACAUCUUCCACAACAGAAACAACCCCCACAAUAACACCUUCCACAACAACAGAAACGACCCCUACAACAGCUUCCACAACGGAAACAACGCCCACAAUUACAACUUCCACAACAGCUGAAACAUCUGCCACCACAGUACCUUCAACAACGACAUCAACUGCAACAACAUCUACGACUACAACUUCAACAACAAUAUUAACCACUGCAACAACCCAAACUACAUACAGUACUACCACACCAAAACCAACAACAACUGUUUGUGUGUGUCCAGAAACAAGUCAGCCAGAAUGUCCUAGAGGACUCUUGAAAGAAAUCUCAGAUGGGUGUUGCAAAAGAUGGACAUGUGACUGUCAGUGUGAUGUUUAUGGAGACUCCCACUACAUCACCUUUCAGGGAACACCUUACAAUUUCUUUGAGAGCUGCACUUACAUUCUCAUGAAAGAGAAGAAGCCUCAGUACAACUUCCUUGUUGCUGUGGACAAUAGCAACUACAGCCCAGUCCUUUUGGAGUCAUUGGUUAAAAGGGUCAUUGUGACAUAUGAUGAGAGCAAUGUUGUCUGUGAAAUUUCAGCUAAUAACCCAAAAAUUGCGUGCAAACUCAGUGGAACCAGCGUAAUCCCCCCUACUGAGAAACAAGGAAUAAGAUUUCAGACAACUGGAACUCAGGUUAUUAUGUACAUGGAUAAAAUCCGGUCAAGUGUCACAGUCACAAGCGAAAGAGGUGUUAUUGUGAAUGUGGCAAUGGAACACUUUGCUAAUAACACUGAAGGACAAUGUGGUGUUUGUGCUGGAGGAUCCUGUGUGCGCAAGGGUGGUGCACUUGAGAAUGACAAUUGUUGUCCACAGACAGCUUCCUCGUGGGUGUAUAAUGACCCUACUAAGCCUCACUGCCAACCAAGAGAAGCCCCCUGCACCCAACCAACUCCUAAACCUCAGUGUAAUGUAACCGGCACCAUCUGUGACAUCCUCAAACAUAAAGUGUUCAGCUCCUGUAGAGAGAAGAUCAAUUCAACCAUCCUGGAUGUCAUUGAGGAAAGUUGCAGGACAGACAAGUGUUUAUCAAACAGCACAACCGAGAAAGGUCUCUGCUCAUCACUAAGUCAAGCGGCUGAAGUGUGCAGGGCAGCCAAUGUCUGUGUGGAGUGGAGACACCUGACCAAUGGAAACUGCGAUGUAUCAUGUAGCAAUGGACUGAUCUACCAAGAGUGCAGGUCCAAGGCUGAUGACUAUUGCGAUUGUAGAAACCGCGUUAGUGGGAUGAGCUAUGACACCCCAGUGCCUGGGUGUUUCUGCCCUGAAAACACGAUGCGGGCAGAAAAAUACAAAGAUAUAUGUGUCCACCAGUGCACAACCUGCAAGGGUCCACUUGGAGAGCCCAAGCAGCCUGGUGAAACCUGGGAGUCCAAGUGCAACAUAUGCACCUGUAAUAACAUCACAAUGACAGAGGAGUGCACACCCAAACCCAAACUAGCACCUCCCACCUGCAAGGACAACGAGAUGCUGAUCACCUUCAACAGCACAGACUCCUGUCCCAUGGCAAUUUGCGUUGAGAAGACUUGUGAGUACAACGGGACAAAAUACAAGGUCGGGGACCAGUGGAAAGGCAACAACCCUUGUGUGUCCUACAGCUGUCAGCUGGAUGGCAUUCAGAUUAAAGAGAGAGUGUGUCCACCUCUGACAUGUGCACAGGCACUCAGGAAGUGGGACGACCAGCACUGCUGUUACAUCUGUUCAAACCUCAAUGAGACAUGCCCUGAGAACAUCUGCAACACAUGCUGCUUUUCACAAAAAAUUGUGCCGUAAUGUAAACCUGCAGUGCUCUGGUCAUGUAGUUUCCCUCUGAUUCUGACACUUCUUUCCAUGCAUACAUACAUACAUACAUACAUACAUACAUGUGCCAUUCCUGUGGAUGUCUGGCAACAUCUUACCUGUUAAAGUUACCUUUCACGUGGGAUUUUCUCAAAUGGCUUUAUGUUCUUUGGGUUCCAGGCAUAGCUGAGAGAAAUCAAUCAAGAUUGCAGUAAUUUAAAGAGCAUUGUGUCAGUGAUUGGUUUUAUAAUUACUCUUGUGGUGGUGGAACUCGUUGAAUCUUAUUGGUUUAAUGUGAAAUAAUUAAAUGAUCUUUG